CACGAUUAAUCGAAUCGCAAUCGUAAUCGCGAUGUCAUGCUGUGCAAUUAUGUAAUCGCAUAAAAGACUGCGAUUUGCGAUUUUGUAAACAAAUACAGAAGUACAAUGAACGGGACUAUCUCCCGUGUGGUGUGGAGCACGGUGACGCCACAGCCACACUGUGCGCAGCUGCAGGUAUAGUCACGUGACUACCCGGCUUUCAGCAGAGCAGAGCAGAGCAGCCAACAUGGACGCUGAGGAGGAAGAAGCACAGUUGGUAGCAAAAAAAAAUGCUAAUUCAAUUAUAUGGCGAUACUUCGGAUUCAGGUACGAAGACACUGAACAGCAAGAUGUGGUGUGUAAAACAUGCAAAGGUAAAGUCACUACGUCCCGCGGCAAUACCACCAAUUUGUAUCAACACCUGAAACACCACAAAGAAAAACACCAAGAAUGCAUGCUAAUGAAAGCCCAACAAAGUAAGGUGAAAGAUGCAACUGAAAAACGCCUGAAACGACCACAACAACGAACAAUUACGGAUACAUUUGCAGGUGUCACACCAUACGAAAGUACCUCAAAAAGACACAGGGAAAUUACUGACUCCAUAACACACUAUUUGGCACGAGACAUGGUGCCGAUUUAUACAGUUAACAAGGAGGGAUUUCAAAAAAUGAUCCACACGCUGGACAGGAGAUAUCGGCUACCCUCGCGGAACUUUUUCUCCCAGACCGCCAUCCCCGAGCUCUACAAUAAACGGCGGAGUGAGGUUCAAAUGGAAAUGGCCACAGUCAAGUUUUAUUCGACAACAACGGACUUGUGGUCAAGCAGGACCAUGGAACCAUAUCUUAGCUUGACCGUCCACUUUAUUGAUGAUGACUUCGAGCUAAGAAGCCGGUGCCUGCAAACAUCAUAUUUUCCCCAGGACCACACGGGAGAGAAUAUCGCUUCGGGUCUGAAAGAGGCUUUGGCAGCGUGGGGGCUGUGUGAGGAACGUCAGGUUAUCAUAACUACAGACAACGCUAGCAACGUCAUAAAGGCUGUGGAGCUUAAUGAGUGGCAAAGAUUCCACUGUUUUGGCCAUAGACUCCAUCUGGCUAUUGAAAAUGCUGUAAAAAGUGAAGCUCAUCGAACCCACAAGGCUAUUGGAACAUGCAGGAAGCUUGUGGGCCACUUUUCCCAUAGCUGGAAGAAAAGAGAAGCUUUAAGGGAGGCACAGAGGGAGCUCAACCUCCCAGAACAUGCCAUGGUGACAGACUGCCAAACACGAUGGGGGUCUACACAGAAGAUGAUAUCAAGAAUCCUGGAACAACAACGUGCCUUGACCAAGGUUCUGUCUACUGACCGCAAAGCACGACAGCUGCUGCCCUCAUGGCAAGACCUGGAUGUCCUGGAAUCCAUGAACAGGGCUCUCAGCCCUCUGCAGGACUUCACGGAUGCAUUGUCAGCUGAGCAGUAUGUAAGCAUAUCAUACCUGAAACCCAUUCUCCAUAUUCUGAACACCUCUGUACUGGCCGAAGACGAAGAGGACACCGACCUUACCAAGUCACUGAAAGCUAAAAUCCUAAGAUACCUCAAUGAAAAAUAUGAAGUUACACAGGCCCUGCUGAACAUUACAACAUUCCUUGAUCCAAGGUUCAAAGCAAAAUACAUGAGCACAGAGGAGACGAGGACCAUAAAGGAACGAGUGGUCUCUGAGGUGGUGGAAAUUCACCAGCAGCAGCCUGAACCUCAGCGCACCAUGGUGAUGGAGGAUAGUCCAGAUUUGGACAAUUCACCACCUGCAGCUAAAGCUAAGAAGAAAACUUUAGCCAGUUUCUUCCAGAACAGCACAUGCAUGCCAUCAACAACAUCAACGCCAACUACCUUUUUGGUACAGUGUAGGGAUGCAGUGACUACUGAACUCACCACAUACACUUACAUGCCUGCUGUAGUUCCUGAAGAAGAUCCACUGAAAUGGUGGAAGCAUCACAAAAUAAAUUUCCCUUUGCUGUCCAAACUAGCUCAGAAAUAUCUCUGCAUACAAGCAACAAGCUCUGCGUCAGAGAGAGCUUUCAGUGCGAGCGGUAAUGUUGUAUCAGCCCAUCGCUCCUGUCUGAAACCAGAAAAGGUGGAUAUGUUGGUUUUUUUAUCAAAGAACCUCUGAAGUGGUGGUAGUUGUACCCUUUUACAAAGUGGAAGAAAAACAUGCUCAUUUAAGAACAAAUGUACAGUGGUGACAUUUUUAUUGCUUUUGGUUUGAUUGACUUUUUUACUUUUAGAGAAAGUUGUAAUGGGAUACAAAUUAUAGCCCAUUUUGAAAUUUAACCACUGAUUUUUGUUACACUCCUCUUUAAUGUCAUUUUUUGAAGAUUCAAAAUGUCUUAUUUAAUGAGUAUUUUGUAUUAUUUUAUUGUUGUUGUACUACAUGUUAAGAGAAAGGCCUCCACAGGCCUUCAAGUUAUAAUGUAAAGUAACACAACCUUUGCACUUUGAAGGAAUGCCUUUAUGUUAAGAAAUAGGCAUUUGUCUCUGUUUGAAUUUUGCAGAAGUGAGUUUGAGUUUACAAAUUUGCAAAAAUACCUUUAUUUUCAAACUUUUAUUUUUUGAUAUAAGUUAUUUGGGGAAAAAAU